AAAAAAAAACAACAAAGGGUUUUGAUAACAAAAAUCAUAUUGUUUUGAAUUCCUCAUUAAUGUAGAUUAUGAUCGAAAGAUUAACGUAGUUUCUGUCUGAUCUCAUAAGUAUAAGUACGGAAAAUGAAAACCGAGGCAAACAUCGAACAAGGAUGUGAUCAAAUCCCACCCGUAGGAGAUGCAUCUGAUAUGGGAAUGGAUGUAGAUGCCUCUGAGGACGACGAUUACAUCGAGGAAGAAAUGUUGUUGUUUACAGACUUUGCUAAUUAUUUAACCGAGGAAGAGCUCACCGAUUCAAACGUAAGAAUAAAGGUCAUUGGUAUAGAUACGGAAGCCCCGAUAAUUCAAAUAAACAAUGAUGUUUACGAGGGUUCGUAUGAUUUCGCUCUAGGAACAAAUGUUUUUCUCGAAGAAGAUGUUGAAGCGAAAAAUUCAAUCGAUCCACUGUAUAGUCCCAAUCCAAACAAAGUGUACAAAUACGCGGGUCAAAGCUCAAAGGUUUUGAAAAUGCAACGAAUAUUUGUCUCACCCAAGACUGAUGUGGCGAAUUUGAAAACCGAACCGGAAGUCACGGAAUCGGACACGAUUAACAAAGCUCAACGUUACUUGGUGACACGAACGUACGAGGAAGCUCUAAACUUACACCUACCAAAGGGCAUGUUUCAACCGCGGCAUAUUGAUCCCGACCAGAACUGUGAACAGAUUGUGCAGUCCAAACCUGCCGAAGCAGAAAGUGAUGACCCAGACGAUGCUUUAGAUCCAGAUUAUGUUCCUAAUAUAAACUUUUAGUUACUGUUAAA